UCCUCCUCAGUCCUCCUCCUCCUCCUACACUGCUCCUCGGCAUGUCUGCUCGAGCGAAGGCCUCGCUACAUAUACCCGAGUUGCGCGGUUGUAGCCAUACAGGUCCCGCCAGGUCGGCCCGCGAGCACGAUGGCUCUGUCCUCGAAGCUCCUUGCCAGCGCCGCAGUGCUCUACCUCGCCAGGGCGGCGUCGUCGCCCACCGUCCCCGUCGGCGGCAGUUGUCUUAUCAACCAGGAGUGUCAAGCAGGAGAAAGUGGCCAGUCUUGCUUGAAAGGUGAAAAUGCCGGCAAGGACUGCUUCGGGCUGGUCUCUGAUACCAUCAAGAGCCUCCUGGCCGACGAAGGAUCCAAUCAGCCAUACAACAGCGGCCUCUGCCAGCAGGCGCUGGAUAUAGUAAUUCUCGAGUGUGCUGAGUGCGACAAUUGCAUUGUUUCCCCGUCCAGUCGCCUCGAUGCCCUGCCCGAGGCCUUACGGGGGGCCGCGGCGAGAACCCCCGUAGCGGCGGCGGCUGCCGCGGCUGCGGCGGCCGCUUCGCUCGCGGCGGCGCUGGCGGGGGCGGUUGUGUGGCGCGGCUGGCGCGCUGCUCCGGCAUCCGCGCGCAGCGCGCUGGUGGCGGAGGGGCACGAGGACGAGGAUACCCCGAUGGUGGAGGGCAGCAGCGCCGCAGCGCCGGCGCCCUGAGGCGGGGCGGCGCACGCCGCGCCCAGCAGGGUAGCCCUAGUUCGGUGGCAUGGCCAAAGAGCAGUCAUGCAUUUUUGUCCUCCUCGGGGAGAGCUCAAGCAGUGAUGUUGGCGUCGAACACUCUGCACCUGGAAAAAUGCCCAUGUCACAAAAUGCCUUUUGGAGCUGGUGAACGUUUCAAACGGUCAGACGGAAAAGCGGACCAUGUCGCCUGCGGUGCAUUCGACAUGGUCCGCCCCGCCAUUUUGUCGAGCUCAUGUCUGACUGUAACGCGUUCGAGCACGGUGCAGUGCUGGCGUGCUCCUCAUCUGGCUUGCCGACGACCUCCUUGGCCUUAUCUUUGAUCGUCGAUCUCAGCCCUCCUCCUCCUCAGUCCUCCUCCUCCUCCUCCUACACUGCUCCUCGGCAUUUCUGCUCGAGCGAAGGCCUCACUACAUAUACCCGAGUUGCGCGGUUGUAGCCAGACAGGUCCCGCCAGGUCGGCCCGCGAGCACGAUGGCUCUGUCCUCGAAGCUCCUUGCCAGCGCCGCAGUGCUCUACCUCGCCAGGGCGGCCUCGUCGCCCACCAUCCCCGUCGGCGGCAGUUGUCUUAUCAACCAGGAAUGUCAAGCAGGAGCCGAAGCACAAGAACAGCAGCAAUGCCAAUCAUUUUCAGACUGUUCCCUCCUGUCUGCUCGCGUGCCAUUCCGCACGUAUGCCCCAAACCCUCGGUGCCCGCCCUCUCCGUCUUCGGUGGUAACCCCCUCG